GUGAAAUGGUUCUUCAAGUUUCCCGUGGCCAUUUUUAAGGUGAAUUUGUGGAAUUGUUGUGACAUUCUGCAAUAAUUCUCACCUUUAAAGGCUCCAAAUAGGCUUUAACCUGUGUUAAAUGUGAAGUAGACAAAAUCAGCGAAUAACUGAAAAUGGCUCGCUACGGGCAAAGGCCUGAAAAUGCGCUAAAACGCGCCAACGAAUUCAUUGAGGUGGGUAAGCCUGCCAGAGCUUUGGACACCCUGCAAGAAGUGUUUCGAAACAAGAAAUGGGCUUACAACUGGUCGGAAUCGGUCUUGGAACCGAUAAUGUUCAGAUACUUGGACCUUUGCGUGGAACUGAAGAGAUCCCACAUUGCCAAGGAGGGUCUGUUUCAGUACAGGAACAUGUUUCAGUCGGUGAAUGUGGGAUCGCUGGAAAAUGUCAUCAGAGGGUAUCUACGAAUGGCAGAGGAGAAAACCGAGAAUGCCAGAGAACAGUCUGCCCAAGCCGUCAUUGAUAUCGACGAUCUUGAUAAUUUGGCUACACCUGAAAGCAUUUUGUUGAGUGCUGUUUCUGGAGAGGACGCCCAAGAUCGUUCCGACCGUACCAUCUUGACGCCAUGGGUGAAAUUUUUAUGGGAAUCGUACUGCCAAUGUUUAGAGUUGCUGCGUACCAAUGCCCACGUCGAGAAUUUGUACCACGACAUCGCCAGAAUGGCGUUCCAGUUUUGUUUGAAGUACAACCGCAAAACCGAGUUCAGGAAACUUUGCGACAAACUGCGAAAACAUUUGGACGACAUCUGCAAACUACCGACGCAAGUUGCCAACGUUUCCAUGUCCAAGCCGGAGACGCAACAACUGAAUCUGGAAACCAGGUUGCAUCAACUUGACUUUGCUAUCCAGAUGGAGCUCUGGCAAGAAGCUUACAAGGCAAUUGAAGACAUCCACAACUUGAUGAACCUUUCCAAGAGGCCUCCAGUGCCCAAAACUAUGGCCAAUUACUACCAAAAAUUGGCCAUGGUUUUCUGGAAAGCCGGGAACUAUUUGUUCCAUGCCGCCGCUCUGUUCAAGCUUUUCCAGCUCUCUAAAGAAAUGAAGAAGAACAUCACCCAGGAAGAAUUGCAACGGAUGGCCUGCCGCGUGUUAAUCGCCACUCUCGCCAUCCCUCUGCCGUCCGCUCACCCGGAAUUCGACCGUUUCAUCGAAACCGACAAGUCUCCUUUAGAAAAGGCGCAACGUCUCGCCGUGCUGCUCGGUCUCUACCAACCUCCGACCAGACAGAGCCUCCUCAAGGAGCUCGUGCGCGUGAACGUCGUCAACUUGGCGACGCCGCAGCUCAAGGAGCUCUACAACUGGCUGGAGGUGGAGUUCCACCCGCUGCUGCUGUGCAACAGAGUGCACACCGUGAUCCACUCGUUGGAGGCCGAGGACAACUCCCUGCAGCAGUACGUGAACGCGUUGCAAGACGUGACUCUGGUGCGCCUCGUGCGGCAGAUAGCGCAGGUCUACCGGACCAUCGAGUUCGCGCGUCUGAUCCAGCUGGCCGAGUUCGCGACUGCGUUCCACUUGGAACGGCUGCUGGUCGACUGCGUCAGGCACAACGACAUGCAGAUCAGGAUCGACCACGGCAAGCAGUGCAUCCACUUCGGCAUGGAUCUGAGCGAGAGCCAGCGCGAAGACAAGCCGGAAGGGCCCACUUUGCAGGUGAUGCCCAGCGAGCAGAUCCGCAAUCAGUUGGUCAACAUGUCGACCGUGCUGAACCAGGCCAUCGCCGUUAUCAAUCCCGACAAGAAGAAGGUGGAGCGCGAGAAGUUAAGGCAGAACAUGGUGCAGAACUAUCACGAGACUAAGGUGAGGGAGCACCAGAAGAUUUUGCAGCGUCACAAGAUCAUCGAGGACAGGAAGGAGUACAUCGAGCGGUUGAACACCGUGCGCGAGGAGGAAGAGCAGAGGAAGAUCGAGGAGAUGCAGAGGCAGCACGUGAUGGCGGAGCAGAAACGUUUGGAGCACGAACGCGAGGAGCGCGAGAGGAAACGCGCUCUAAACGAGAUACAGCAGAUCAAGGAUCGCCAGCUGAAGGAGAAACUGAUCCAGAUCUCGCAGACCGGUCACGGGCAGAAGAUGCUGAACAAGCUGAACGAGGAGGAGAUCAAGAAGCUGGACGCGGAUCAGAUCGCCGCCAAGGAGAGCGAGGAGCUGCAGAAGGAGCGUCGCGAGCUGCAGGCUAAGCUCAAGUCGCAGGAGAAGAAGGUGGACUACUUCGAGCGCGCCAAGCGCCUGGAGGAGAUCCCGCUGGUGCAGGUGAGCAUGAAGGAGCGCGAGCUGCAGGAUAGGGCGUUCUGGGAGCAGCAGGAGAGGGAGCUGAUCGCCGCCAAGGUGGAGGAGCGCAAGCUGGCGGUGACGACGCGCGACCGCCUGGCCAGGAUGAAGCCCGAUAAAGAUGAAUUCCUGAAUAAGUUGAAGAAGGAGAGGAAUAUUGUUUUCGAGGAUAAGCUGAAGGAGUACGAGGAUUUGUACGCGGAAGAGAAGCGCAAACGGUUGGCGGAGAGGAAGGCGAAGAGGAAGGAGGAUAGGCGCGUUCGCUACUACAGGGAGAAGAACGAGGAGGAGGAGAGGAAGCGCGUGGAGAGGCAGCAACGCGAGGAGGAGGAGAGGAGGCGGGCGGAGGAGGAGGCGAGAGCCGCUAGGGACGAGAAGGAGAGGGCGGAACGCGAGGAGAGCGAGAGGACCCAGAGGGAGAUGCUGGAGAGGUCGGCGGCCAAGCAGCGGCAGAGGGAGGAGGAGAUCGAGAGGAAGUUGCUGGAGGAGAGGGAGUCGGGCAAGGCGCCGCCGAAAAGCGGCAGGGACGAUAUGUGGCGGAAGGGAGGCGACAAGGAGGUGGAGAGAGAUUCGUCGUGGAGGAAGGACAAACCCGGCGGCGGCGAGGAACCUCCGAAGAAACCCGAAGCCUGGAAGCCGAGAAUAGCGCGCCCAGCCGACGAUGCGCCGGCCAAAUCUGCUGCAGGAGGCGGCAGCAGCUGGAGGCGCGGCGGCGACGACAGGGAAGAUGGUGGCAAGGAAGACCGCAGAGAAGAUCGUAGAGGAGAAGAUCGUAGAGAUGAUCGCAGAGAUGAUCGAAGAGGAGAUGACCGAAGAGGAGAUGAUCGAAGGGGAGAAGACCGAAGGGGAGAAGAUCGCAGAGGAGAGGACCGCAGAGAGAUGACUCGCGGCGGGGGCGGCGGCUUCGACAGGGACCGCGGCGACCGUUUCGGGGACCGGUUCAGGAGGGACGGGCCCAGGAGAGAGGACCGCGACGACGACAGGGAAUCUAAGGAGGGCGGAGGUGGGGGCGGCAUGUGGCGCAGGAGCGACGACGCGCCGAAACGCGGGCCGCCUCCGUCGAGGGGACCGCCGAGGGAAGGGGGCGGCGAUCCGUGGAGGUCGCGCGGAGAACCGAAACGCGACGAGCCGAUGCGAAGGGGACCACCUGCCGAAGAAAGAAAACCGGCUCCUCCGAAAGAAAAACCUCGCGAAUCACAACAACCAGCCCCAGACGCUGAAGACGGUUGGUCAAUUGCUAAAGGACGCCGCUAGAUGCACAUUUUAUAGACAACUGCCUUGCAACUGCUUUUUAAUUUUCAUCGAUUUGUUUAGAUUUUUUUAUUUACAGGUUUUUAUAGGAAUUGGGUAUAUAUCCUUGAUUUUAACGCAGUUGUUUUUAAAACGUAUUAUUAAAGUUUCUCCUUGUAUAUUUAUGAGAAUUAAGUAUGUAUGGUUACAUGUUAACAAUUUUAUUUUAAUCAAUAAAAUUCAGGUAU